GAUGAAAAUUACCCAUGGGUGAUAUCGCUUGUCUGGGUGUUUGAAGGCAACGUGGAUAUCGAAUUGGUUCGAUCGGAAUUCAGGAAAUUGAUCGUCAAGUUUCCUCGCUUCAGGUCCAUUGUGCAUGGCGGGUCAUUUUGGUCGAGGCACAUGUGGCAGGAGGUUGAGGAUUUUGACGCAUGUGAUAACAUUGAAACAUGGAAUCUAUCGCUUGGCACAAUCGAGGAGUUGAGAGAGUAUGCGUCCAAACGUAUAUCCGAAAAGAUGAGUUUCGAUAGGCCUUUAUGGAGAACAUAUGUUGUCUAUGGGUUGGAGGGAGGAAAACGUUCGGCAAUGGUCAUCAAAGCUCACCAUUGCAUCGCCGAUGGUCAGGGAUGUAUGCACGCGAUCAUGGGUUUGACCUCGGAUGGCGAUGAGCAAUUGUCGGACGUGAUGAAGUUUUUCAAGGACAGAAUGCCACCGCCAUCUAAGCCAAAGUAUUCGGAGUUACCGUUAUUGAGGUGCCGCGCGUUCGAGCCAUAUGCGGACAAAAUACCCGAUUUUUUGAUUAUCAUAUACGCAUUCUUUCUUAACGCCUUGCUCGCCCUAUGUUCAACCCUUGGUUACGCUUGGCUGGACAUGGUGGACCAAUUUAAAAUAAUGAAGAUGUCUUUAACAAGGAAAAGUUUGUUAUACAAAGGAGACGACGGUUCUGACAAGAGGACUUUAAGUUGGACGAGGGAGAUAAGAAUCACAGAUAUCGCGAUUCCGCGUAAAGCCUACGGUGUAUCACUCAACGAUGUCAUGGUGACAAUUAUUACCCGUGCCAUACGUGCAUACCUUUCCGAGAUCAACAGUGUCUUGGAUGAGGAAUUGAUGAUGUUCAUCCCAAUGUCCAUGCGAGUUUCAACAAAUUGGGAGUGUAACAAUGCAUCCACAGGUGGAUGGAGUUUCAUCCCAAUGAAGGAGCUGACCGUCGAGGAAUCGCUAAAGUGCGUUCAUCGGGAAAUGAACAAGUUGAAGCGUAGCCUUGUCACAAAGUUCAACUAUAUUUUCCUUGAGAAAUUUCCAAUCCCCGGAGUUUACAACAAAAAGGUGAUGACAGCCAUGGAAGCAGUCGGACAUGGUGUGAUCACAAAUGUCCCUGGACCUAUGCGUUCUCUGACCGUCGCCGGACAAAAGGUGAUCCAGUUUGCGGUGAUACCACCUCAAAAUUGUCCGGGUGGUAAGUGGAAAAAGCAUUUCACAAUAUUUUCACGCGAAAAUUCCGUGGCGCUUUGUUUCAUCAAUUCCGCUGCUGCUCUUGAAUAG